GUUCGUCAGACUUGUCUGAGGAGUUGUCCGCAGUGCGGACACUCUGACGUCGGCUUUGGCUCUUCUCGACAUGUGUUGAGACUGAAAAUGUCGGACGGCAGUGUGAUUAGUGCUCUCCCGAAUAAAUUGCUUAGCAAGCAGUUAAAAAGGAAAGCGAGUGAUUUUCUGUGCUCUCGAAAGAACGCCAAUAAUCUAGUGGAUAUUAUACAAUGUCUAAAGAAGUCAAUUGGCGACCAAAAUGCCUCUCCAAUCAUCCCGAGCAUCCUGGCCCUGGAGACAAUAUUCACGGAGCUGCUGAGGAGUCGGUCGAUGAUGAUCGAAGUGCAGCCGCUGAAGCCAAAAGAAAACACACCGGAGAUUCAGUAUCGGACGUGGCUGCAGGAUUGCUACGCCGAAACAUAUGAAUUCAUCCUCAAGUGCUUGUGCGUGGACAGAGAGUCGGAUGCUAUCCAGGCUCUCGCCACGGCGAUGAAUCUCUUGUCUCUCGAGGGCAAGUUUCCGAUAGACUACGUCACGGACGUGGCGUCUUACUUUCCCUGCUCGAAGCUCCAGAGCAUUCUGCAGUGCCUCCUGUCCAGCGAGAGGGCGAACGCGCACCUCAUCAGCCGCUUUCAGGAGUUCACGGCCUAUCACGACGUCCUGCAGAACGCGUGGAAGGUUCUGCCCAGACUCACGCCACGCGGGCAGGCGCCUAAUGAGACGUUCAUGAUCAACUACUUGGACCUCGCCAACGUGAUGGCCAUCCAGAGCGCCGACCAGGAGCAAAUUAGUCUUUUCUGUGAUAAUUCAGGCGAGAGUGGCAAGGCAACAUUCGAUUACCAGGCAAUCCGGAAGAAUGUCAACAAAUCCUGGGCCUGCGUCAUGCACUGGCAGCACACAGCGGCCACGCACCAGAAGGUGCUGACGGUGCUGCUGGAGAGGAUCUUGCCGCACCUGGACAAGCCUCUCGCUCUCACUGACUUUCUCAUGGACUCGCUCGACGUCGGAGGUGCCAUCAGCUUACUCGCGUUCCAGGGCGUGUUCACGCUCAUCCAAGAGCACAAUCUCACGUAUCCCUUCAUUUACGAGAAGCUCUACUCCAUGUUCGAGCCGGAGAUCUUCCACACCAAAUUCAAGGCGCGCCUCUUCUACUUGGCCGACCUGUUCCUCAGCUCAACGCACCUGCCCGAGGCGCUCGUGGCGGCCUUCGUGAAGCGCCUGGCACGCCUGACUCUAGUCGCUCCGCCGCAGGACAUCGUCAUCUGCCUGUACUUCAUAGGGAACCUGAUUGUUCGCCAUCCGGGCCUCAAGCGCCUCAUCUGCCACCCGAACGGCGGUCAGGUGCUGCGCGAUCCCUUCAUCAUGGACGAGUGCGACCCAACCAAAUCCAACGCCAUCGAGAGUUCGCUGUGGGAAGUGGCGACACUGCAGAGCCACGGCAUUCCCUCGAUUGCCACAGCGGCCAAAUUCAUAUCGAAUCCACUGCCGACCAUCGAAUGGGACUUGACACAAGUGCUCGGCGUCACGGAGGAUGAUCUCUUCGAUCAGGCUAUAAAGAAGAGCUCCAAAGCUGCUUUCCUCACAUUCGACAGGCCAACAGCAAUGUUCGUACCAAGAGGCGACAAGACGCAGGAGUUUUGGAAGUUAUUUUAACUAGGAAUCUAUUGUAAUUUGUUACCCAACAUUUUUUCUGAAAUAAUUAUGUCUGAUCAACGUAUCGAUCGAA